AUGAAUUGGUUGUACCUGCAGGGACUCCUGAGUGGUGUGAACAAGUACUCCACGGCACUGAGCCGUAUCUGGCUGACAGUGGUGUUCAUCUUCCGAGUGCUGGUGUACGUAGUGGCUGCUAAGGAUGUGUGGGGUGAUGAGAAGAAGAACUUCGUCUGCAACACCAGGCAGCCAGGCUGUCCCAAUGUCUGUUAUGAUGAGUUCUUCCCCGUGUCCCACGUGCGUCUGUGGGCCCUGCAGCUCAUCCUGGUCACCUGCCCCUCACUGCUGGUGGUCAUGCAUGUGGCCUAUCGAGAGGAGCGAGAGCGGCACCACCGCCUGAAGCAUGGACCGAACGCCCCCUCCCUGUAUGACAAUGCAGGCAAGAAGCGGGGUGGCCUCUGGUGGACAUACUUGCUGAGUCUUAUCUUCAAGGCCAUCAUUGAUACCAGCUUCCUCUACAUCUUCCACAGCCUCUACAAGAAUUUUGACAUGCCUCGCAUGGUGGCCUGCUCUGUGAAUCCCUGUCCCCACACCGUGAACUGUUUCAUCUCCAGACCCACAGAGAAGAAAAUCUUCACCUACUUCAUGGUGGGCACAGCUGUUAUCUGCAUCCUGCUUAACUUAUGUGAAGUCUUCUACCUGGUGGUCAAGAGGUGUAAGGAGAACCUGUAUAUCAGGUGCAGGAAACGGCGAAGCCAGGGUGAACCACCUGAUAUUUAUCUACCCAAUGACCUCUCUCAAGAGGACAUUCACCAAUAA